AUGAUGCGCCCGCUCAGAGACAGGAAACCGGCGGCCAAGGCAAAGCCACCACUUUUUCCGUCAACGCUCACACCCCUACGAGCCAUUCUCGACGAUGACGGUGAUGCCCAGCCCGGGUCCAUGGUCAAUGUCAUUGGUGUUCUUAAGGACUGCCGAGCACCCGUCGCGACACACGGAUCGGACUGGAAGUGCACCCUGACCAUAUCUGACCUGUCCAUUGAAGAUGAAUCGGCCGGAGUUGAGCUCGUCAUCUUCCGCCCCGAGGCACGGAUGCCCGAAGUCGGCGCCGGAGACGUGCUUGUUGUUCUAAGCGCAAAAGUUCAGAGGUUCAAGUCCAACCCAAAGUCUCUCAUCACCAGCAAGAUCACCACCGUUUGCGUUUACAAGGCAGCGACAAUACCCGUCUAUCCCGCUUCAGCACAGGUAGCACUCUUGCCCCCAAAGCAAGGUGAAAGCCACAAGCUGUUGAAGGAGGAACACCACCAGUAUGUGUCCUACUUAUACAACGUGAUCGACAAGUAUGACGUUCCCGACGAGGCCGAGUACCAGCAAAGGGUCAAAGUAUCCCUGAACGUCAAAGACAAGUUUAGUCUCUUGAAGGAUGUCACGGACGGCAACUUUUAUGACUUAAUCGGCCAAGUCGCCAAGGACCCUUAUACGGACGAAAUGGGCCGAAUCACCCUUUACCUCAGCGACUACACCGAAAACGACUUGUUUUUCCAUUAUACCUGGGAAGGGGUUAGAGACCUCGCAUCGGCAGCCAGACCAGCCGACGCCUAUCCCGAAGACAACAACCCAGAAGCUGCCCAACAGCACCCAUGGGUCGGCCCUUACGGAAAACGAACCAUCCAAAUAAGCUGCUACGAUGCGCAUGCCGACUUCAUCCGCGAAGCCGGCGUUUCAGCCGGCAUGUGGCUCUCGCUGCGCAACGUGCAAGUCAAGUUCGGCCGCAACGGCGCGCACCUUGAGGGCUUUCUCAGAGAGGAGCGCAACGCGUCCGCCCGGAAAGUCAACGUUGAGAUCCUCGACAUCGUCGCGCCUCACCCCAGCGUUACCAAAGCAAAAGUCGACUCGCGCCUGAAAGAGGCCGUCCGCCGCUGGCGCGAUUACUCCCGGGAGAAAAAGACGCAGAUCCUAGCGGUCAAGGCCGCGCAGGAGGCUGGGGCUAAGCGAAAAUUUGCUAGAGCCGGCAGCAGCGAUGAAUUGGAGAAGAAGGCGGUCGAGGAGCAAGAAAAGGUUGCCCUGGGUUUAAAUGAGCUUGUCACCUGCGAAGCGCACCCGAAGCCCGUGUCGACGCUUGCGUCUAUUCUCGAACCGGUCAUGUACGAGACAAUGGUCAAUGGCCAGCCCGUCAAGAUCCCGCUGCCGUUUACUAAUACCAAGUAUAAUGCUUGUGUCCGCGUCGUGGACUUCCACCCGUGCAACCUAGAAGAUUUUGCUUGUGGAAGGAAGUGGUCUGAGUUUGAUAUAUUGUCGGACAACGAUCACGAUGAUGACGAUGACGAGAGCGAUCAAGACAGCCUUAACUCAACCAUGGAUGCUUCAAACGAUGAAGACCAAGACAAAGGCCGAACGUGGGAAUGGCGCUUCGCCCUCCUCCUUGAGGACGCCAGCACCCCAUCAUUGCCCGCAACCGUAGCUGCGAUGGACAAAGACAAAAGUACACGGAAAUGUGACCGUGACCCCAAAACAAGAGCCAGGCUAUGGGUAACGGUGGAUAACACAGAAGCACAAUGUCUCACCGGUCUGGACGCCGUUAACCUCCGCCGAGACCCUCAUACUCUGGCUACGCUGCGGGAGAGGAUGUUUACUCUCUGGGGAAACCUGGAGGAGCUCAAGGCUGAUAAAGCUCGUGCAGCGGUCAAAAAAAGGGAGGAGAGAGACGAGGGCAAGGGGGAGGAUGAGGAUAUUAAUGGGAAUGGCAGGAUAACGAAAAAGCGCAAGGGAAAGAAGGCGACGGAGGUGGUACAAUUGGAGAAUUUGAAGCCGCCGCUUGAGGACUCAGAUGGCGAGCAGCAGCAGCAGCAGCAGCAGCAGCAUCAGCAGAAUCAAGGGGAAGAAGAGCUUUCUAACAAGCCGUUCAGUUGCUGUUUGAAGCAGUAUGGCGUUCGGGUGUCGGAGGACGAUGAUGGGCUGCCCAAGACGGAUGGAGCAGCCGGUGGGUGGGUGAGGGUGUUUGGGAUGUUUGGCACCAAGAUAUGUGUAUGAAUGGAUGAUAACUACUUGUUGAUCUAUAUCGAUCAAGCAAGACCAUUACGUGCCACUGUCUGUCGCAAUUAGCUUUGCUGUACGACUAAACAGAAGCACCCCAAAGUCACUUCCCACCAUGUCUGAACCCAUGACCACCGUAACCGCUUUUUUCGAAUCCAUUAUAAUAGCGACUCUAGGAACGGAGAGAGAGAGAGAGCAUGAUAAUGUACGAAACAAUUAAAGUCCUUGG